AAGCCAAAACAAUAUUCAAAACAGAAUACUCAGUUCGGUGCAGAAAGCAUUGGGGAAGACAACAACAAACAAAACACAAAACAGAAAACCAAACAAUAAACCAAAAUAUUAAAUUUUUAUAUGAAAAUUACGAAAUUCAUAUAGAUUGAGAACACAUAAAGAAAGCCAAAAUAUCAUGCACUUGGCCAAAACAACAAUAGUGAGCGUAAUAUAAAAUCAAUUAAUCGCAUAGCAGAAGCACUGAGUAGAUAAAAAACCGUCAAGCGCAUCGGACAUUUAAACGAAAAACAAAUAGAAAAAGUAAGCCAAUAAACAUAACGGUUUUUAGUUACAUAAAAUGUCGACCGUCGCGACAAUGACCAACACCUAUUUUUGGCUUUAUACCGUUGGUUUACUGUUAGUCUGGCUCAUAGUUAUAGCCACAGCGACACCGCAGCAGCCGAAAUCCACCUCAAUGGCCAAAAUUUGGGGCAAAAAUGUGGCACAGGAGCAACGUCUGGAAGGCAGUUGUAAAUCACUCUGUGAACAAUGCGGUUGUAUUGGUUUCUAUUGCGGUGAGCAGUGUUUGUGUGAAUAUGAUAAGUACGCUGGUAAUCGCGGUGAGGGCCAAAAACGGAAAAGUAUUCGUGCGCGCUCCGAAGGUGAGUGCAUUGCCGCAAUGCAACGAAAAGCACGCACACAACGAUUACCAUUCGAAGUGCUUAUACAAGGACCAACUAAUGAACGCUUCAUACGUACCGCUAUGCAAUUUGAAAUGGAAAAGGCGCGCGCUGCAGCCACCCAAAUAGACACACAGCAAAAACGUUCCACCAUCGCUAUUUAUCAACCAUAUACGCCGACGAAACGCAACACCCUGCUGCCGGCUAGUGAGGGACGUAAAGAAUUGACAGCCAACGGCGCUCGCACGCGACGCGGUACAGAUCAUCUCGAUUGGUUUAGUGAUUUUGCAAACACUUUAGUUCGUCCCGCACCGCUACGCAAAACCGACGACAGCAGCAGCGGCAAUAAGAAGCGUGAAGCACAAGAGAACGAAGAUGACUCGGCAGCCGAAAAACCCGAUGCUUGGUUUAGCGAUCACCCCACGCGUCUGUUGCGUCCCUCACCAAUUUUUCGCCGUCAGAAAUCACCACCGAAGUCCGGAAGUGAUGAAUCGGUAAAUGAGACGUCCAAAUCACAGGAAGAGUCAAUGCCAGCAGUUAGCAAUUUAAUCAAGGAUACCAUUAGAAAUAUAAAGGAAUCAGAGAUUGGUGAAAAUUUACGCGCAGGCUUACGUGACGGCACCGAUCUUUUACAUAAUACUUUUCAAGGCACUAACUUGGAGCUGUUUCCAAAGGGUUUCCGUAAUGACUUUGCCGAGGUAUUCGACACGUGGCUGAAGAAUCAACAAGUCCCCGAGAAAAGCAUAGAGGUACCUGCGGUGCCAGCGCGUACAUCACAGAAUGUGCUGUUGCCAUGGUUCCGUCCGGUGCGUUUCCUUGAACGUGUGCAACAGGCGCUCAACUGAGUGGGACACAAAACAUACAUAACAUCACGAUAUAGACAAUAGAUAUACAUAUAUAUAUAUAUAUACAUAUAAUAUUAUUUAUUAGAAUAUUGUAAAUCUAUAUUUUUAUUCAUAUAAUGGAUAACUAAGUAUGUACAUACAUAUAUUUAGAGUCAUAGUAAGGAAUGUAUCUAAAGAGGUCAUCUGUACGUUAAGAACUUUCAAUAAAGCUUUUAAGUAUA